AUGAGCAACGUCACUCUCGCUUGCUCCCCCGUCGUCGUGGAUAACUCAUACCCCGCUAAAGUCGCCAAGCUCGCCGCUUAUUCGUCUAUUCUGGCCGUCUCACUAAUCGGCAACGUGCUCAUUAUUGCCGUCGUUUACAAGCACCGCCACACCGGCAUGUGGACGACCACGAACUGUUUCAUCGCAAACAUGGCGUUCUCAGACCUCAUCAUACCUCUUUUCGCGGUUCCUAACCGCAUCUUCAACCUCGCAAGAGACGCGAGCUUUCUGUGGAUGUGGUCUGGCACUGGUGGCCUCAUUCUAUGCAAAACUCUGAACUUUUUACUCGAUGUCUCAACGGCUGUUUCCAUACUCAGUCUUGUGGCGAUAGCCUCGGAUCGAUAUUACGCCGUCAAGUUUCCGUUGAAAGCCGUCGUGAGUAGACCGACCCGAGUCUGCGCAAUAGUGAUACCUGUGAUAUGGCUGUCGGCGGCCGGUUUCCACGCUAUAUAUUUCUACACAUUCCGCCUGCUGGAGUGGAAUCAUAACACGUACUGUAUUCUCGACUGGCAGCCGUACACGGACAGCAUGCGCGCGCAGAGGCCCUUCUACAUGUGCCAAUUCGUGUUGCUGUACGCCGCGCCUUUGCUCCUUAUCGCCUUCCUCUACGCAUGCGUUAUACGCAAACUCCGCGAAGGAGCCCUGGCUACCCACAAGCCUUUGCGUCGGAGGCGCUCGGAGAGGAGUCGCAAUCGUAAGGUGACGAAGAUGUGCGUGGUUGCUGUGUUGUGCUUUGUGCUCUGCUGGGCGCCCAUCCAUGUGUAUAGCCUGUACUUCCACUUUGUUUGGGGAUGGGCUGCCCCAUGUGGCAUGCAGGAGUUAACUUUUCUCGUGUUUUUCGCGGCGUAUUCGUACGCCGCAAUCAAUCCAUUCAUAUUCAUGAUAUUUAACGAGAAGUACCGACGUGGAGUCAAGAGCUUAUUCACCGCAAAAAAAAUCCUUCGCCGACAGCUCUCAGAUUCAUCUUUUCGAUCCCGAAGUUCUUCCGGAUUCGCUAGUCGUCUGAGGUAUUGUGGAUCGAAUCAGAGCGAAAGCAGUCGAGUACAAAGCGUUCGCAAUGUAUCCUGGGCUACCGGUGUGUGAGACUGCUGGUCAUCUGCUAGCAGGCGCUUUGGUAGCGUCUGGCUUUUAAGAUAAAGAGGAAAAAUAGGGAAAAAAUUAAAAAAAAAACUAUUUUAACGCUAAUUCAAUGCGCUUCUUGACAAUAUCCGCAUAUGCUUGACUACAAUAUGUAGCGAAAAAAAAAUGUCAAAAAAUAAAAAUAGAGUUAAAUAAA